UCUACUUCAGGGACCUACAAGGGUAAGGUAGCUUAAGGUAAUUUAGUUUCUCUUAUCUGGUGCGAUCUAAGAAAAAUGUUUACCAUAUUUUGAAUUGUGUGUUUUAAAAUGUCUGCAACUAAAGGACUGAACAGCUGAACAGCUAAAGAUGACUUUAAAAUAGACUUAAAAAUGACUUUUAAAUAGUUUUUUAUUUAGAAAACUGGAUAAGGAUAUUUAUGCACGUUAUUGAAAGGAAACAUAAAAAGAAAUAUUUAUUGGAAAAUCAAAUGGAGGAAUUUCAUGUGACAAUCCGAACCUCUUUAGUACCUCUCUCAGGAUCAUACAGCACCCUUUGGGUCUCAUUGGUUGGUUCUCAAUGUGAGUGUCUACCAGUGAAGGUUGUUCCAGAUGGACAGUGUCUCUUACCUGGCUCAACCUGCAGUGUUGUGGUCAAGCCUGACAAAGAGAUAGGCUCUGUGAUUCUGGUGCGUUUGCGACUUGAGGCACGGCCUGGCUUUCCUGAUCUGGACUGGCACUGUUCAGAUGUGCAGUUGAAACUAAGCUUUGAUGCUGAGGAGGUGGAGAGGUUCCCCUGCCACAGAUGGAUCAAGACUGCAGAUGGUGAUGUGGAACUCCGCAGUGACAGAGUGUGCAUGCUGAAUUCAGAGGCACUGCAGAUUCUUAGGGAGCACCGGGCCAGAGAGCUACAAACUAAACAACACCACAUCAGAUGGAGCACUUUUGUUGAAGGUGGCCCUCAUUGUAUAGACAUGACCAUUAUACAAUCUCUUGGUCCCAACUUGAGUUACACACGGCAAAGUCCUGGCACCAACCCGUACUAUCUCAGGGGAUUUACAGACCGAAUUGAAUCUUGGAGUAGCUGGGAGGAACUGGACAUACUGUUUAGUCACAACGGAAAAGAUAAUGCCGUUGCUAAAUAUGUUCAGGCUCAUUGGAAAGAGGACACCUUUUUUGGUUAUCAGUGUCUUAAUGGAUGUAAUCCUCUUCAGAUUAGACAGAUCCACAGUCUCCCAGCUAACCUUCCUGUCACCACUGAGAUGGUCAUGGAUUUCCUACCACAGGGUUCUUCUCUGGAGCAGGAAAUGGAGAAAGGGGCUAUAUUUCUCCUUGACUAUGAGAUUCUUGAUCAGUUACCUGGCAAUGUUAUCAAUGGUAAACAGACGUAUCUGGCUAGUCCACUGUGCCUCCUACACUACAACAACCAUGGAGAACUAAAGCCCAUUGCAAUCCAGCUCCAAAAGACUGCUGGUCCAGAGAACCCUGUGUUCCUGCCUUCUGACCCUGCCCCUGACUGGCUGUUAGCAAAGAUGUGGGUCCGUAAUGCAGAUUUCCAGGUUCAUCAGUUGCUCUUUCACUUCCUCCGCACUCACGCGAUACCAGAAGUGUGCUGUAUUGCAACCCUCAGGAACCUGCCAGAAGUACACCCUCUACAUCAGCUUCUGAUGCCUCAUAUUAAAACAUCUCUUCAGAUCAAUGUUCAGGCUCGAGCCUCUCUUUUGGCCCCUCAAGGAGUAUUUGACAAGGCCAUAGGCUGUGGUUUGAAGGCAUUACCUCUUUUGUUUGCUCGAGGUACAGAUCAACUACGCUACACUUCACUGUGCGUUCCAGAUGACCUGAAGGAGAGAGGAAUAGACACAUUGGCCAACUGUUACUAUGCACAAGAUGCUCUGAGGGUGUGGAAUGCCCUUCACAGAUUUGUGAUGAGUUGGGUGGAUUUGUAUUACAAUGAUGACCAGGUGGUCCAGGAAGACUCUGAGCUACAGAGCUGGAUCCAGGAGAUCUUCACUGAAGGAUUGCUCAGCUUCACUCACACAGGUUUUCCACAGUCGUUUCAAACCAAAUCAGAUAUGAGCAAGUUCAUCACCAUGGUGAUCUUUUCUUCUUCAGCACUGCAUGCAGCUGUUAACUUUUCUCAGGUGGAUUUCAGUUUAUGGAUGCCAAACAGCCCACCUGCGAUGUUCCGUCCCCCUCCUAAUGUGAAAGGCUCAGUGACGGAGGAGGAGCUUCUGUCUUUUCUCCCAGAUAUCAAUGCUGGAUGCAAUGUGCUGAUCAUCCUGUUACUGUUAUCACAGCCUGCUGCCAACUAUGUGCCCUUGUGCCAGUACUGUGAAUGGUACUUCAGCACUGGUGCCCCUGCCAAGCUUGUGGAGAUAGUACAGAAAGAGCUAAAAGCCAUUUGUGAAGACAUCAGCAAGAGGAACUUCAAAAUGGAGCUUCCCUACCCCUACCUAUCACCAGAUGCCAUUGAAAACAGUGUGGCCAUCUGAAUACAGUCUUUAACUCCUUUCAUUGUUAAAUUAAGCAUUAAGCAUAUCAAGAUUACUUAAAUGGAUAAAUGGUUUCUGUUGGUGGAUUUUUUUAUUAUUACCAUAGCAGUGAAAAGAAACAUUUAUUUUAGUGUUCUGUACUUAAUUUCGAUUUACCUUUAUUUGUACUUACAAAAAUUUGUAACAACACACCUAAACUUUUGUAUACUUUGUUUAUGAUUAGUAAU